UUCCUGGUUCAGUUGUAGCUGUCAAACAGGCGAAGGUUCGGACAACAGCCGAUGCCCUCAGUUGCCGCCUUUCAUCGCCCCGAGCGAAUUUCAUUCACCCAGAAAACAAGAAAACCUGGCUGAUGGCGUUCAGGAAAGCCAUGAGACGGGCGGCCAUCAUAGGUGGUGGGGCGGUGGCCGCGGCGUUCGGCCUGUCACAGCUAAUGGAAUACAAGAAGGUGCAGCCUGGACUGACUCGAUUAGCUCACGUGGCAGCAGAAGCAGAGCUGAAGGUUCCCUACGCAGACGAGCUUCCUUCUCGGAAAGCCCAGCUGGAAGCGCUGAGAGACACAGAGGAGUUUGAUGUGCUGGUUGUUGGAGGAGGGGCCACCGGUGCAGGAUGUGCCUUAGACGCUGUCACACGCAAUCUUAAAACUGCUCUUGUAGAAAGAAACGACUUCUCUUCAGGCACAAGCAGCCGGAGCACCAAACUCAUACAUGGUGGAGUCCGCUACCUCCAGAAGGCCAUCAUGCAGUUGGACUACGAGCAGUACAUGAUGGUGAAGGAAGCCCUUCACGAACGAGCCAACCUGCUGGAGAUUGCGCCUCAUCUGUCUGCACCGUUACCCAUCAUGCUCCCCGUUUACAAAUGGUGGCAGUUGCCUUACUACUGGGCGGGGAUCAAGAUGUAUGACUUGGUGGCUGGGAUCCAGUGCCUGAAGAGCAGCUAUGUUCUCAGUAAGUCGAAGGCUUUGGAGCUCUUCCCCAUGCUGAAGAAGGACAAGCUGGUGGGAGCAAUCGUCUACUAUGAUGGGCAGCACAAUGACGCCCGUAUGAACCUGGCCAUCGCCCUCUCUGCCGCCCGCUACGGUGCAGCCGUCUCCAACUACACCGAGGUGGUCCACCUGUUGAAGGCAAAAGACCCUCAAACCGGCAAGGAGAAGGUGUGUGGCGCCCGCUGCAAGGAUGUCACCACAGGGCAGGAAUUUGACGUGAAGGCCAAGUGUGUCAUCAAUGCCACCGGACCCUUCACAGACUCUCUGAGGAAGAUGGACAACCAGGAAACAAUGAACAUCUGCCAGCCCAGCGCCGGUGUUCACAUCGUCAUCCCAGGUUAUUACAGUCCUGACAACAUGGGUCUCCUCGAUCCGGCCACGAGCGACGGGCGCGUCAUCUUCUUCCUGCCCUGGGAAAAGAUGACCAUAGCUGGAACCACUGACAGCCCCACCAGUGUGACAGCCCACCCAAUCCCAGGGGAGGAGGACAUCAACUUUAUCCUGAACGAAGUCCGCAACUAUCUCAGCCCCGAUGUAGAAGUUCGCAGAGGAGAUGUGUUGGCGGCGUGGAGUGGCAUCCGUCCCCUGGUGACAGACCCCAACUCCAAAGACACUCAGUCCAUCUGCAGGAACCACAUCGUCAGCAUCAGCAACAGCGGGCUGGUCACCAUCGCUGGCGGGAAGUGGACUACCUACAGGUCCAUGGCUGAGGAGACUCUGGACGCAGCCAUCAAAGCCCACGGACUCACAGCUGAGCCCUGUAGGACUGUGGGAUUAAUGCUGGAGGGAGCCAAAGGCUGGACGCCAACUCUCUACAUCCGCCUGGUGCAGGACUACGGCCUGGAGAACGAGGUUGCCCAGCACCUCGCUGCAACUUACGGUGGGAAGGCGUUUGACGUGGCGAAAAUGGCCAAGGUCACCGGGCAAAGGUGGCCUAUCGUAGGGAAAAGGCUGGUGUCUGAGUUCCCGUACAUCGAGGCUGAGAUCCAGUACGCGAUUAAGGAGUACGCCUGCACUGCCAUCGAUGUCAUUGCUCGGCGAACACGCCUGGGCUUCCUCAACGUGCAGGCGGCGGACGAAGCCCUCCCACGCAUCGUUCACAUCAUGGGCAAAGAGCUGGACUGGAGUCAGGAGAAGAGAACGGAGGAACUCGAAGCAGCGAAGAAGUUUUUAUACCAUGAGAUGGGCUACAGGUCUCGUUCUGAGCAGCUCACCAAGACAUCUGAGAUCAAUUUGGACUACCAGGAAGUAGUCAGGUACAAGAAGCGUUUUCAUAAGUUUGACAAAGAAAGUAAAGGCUUCAUCACCACUGUUGACGUCCAGCGGGUUUUAGAAAGCAUCAAUGUCCAAAUUGAUGAAAAUGCCCUCCAUGAAAUUCUUAAUGAGGUGGACCUCAACAAGAACGGACAAGUUGAAAUUGAUGAGUUCCUGCAGCUGAUGAGCGCCGUGAAGAAAGGGCAAGUUUCAGACAGCCGCCUGGCCAUUCUCAUGAAAACAGCUGAGGAGACCCUGGAGGAGAGAGGACCAGUGACGGUGGACCGAAGCGGAGGUGGAGUCUAAGCCUGAUGCUGACAAAACCAUCAGCAUCUUAUAGGAUAGCAAAAAAGAAAAAAAAAACGUAUGCAAAUGGAGCUAUUUGAAUGACAAUAUUGUAAUCAAGCACAAAGCAGGACGAAUUUGUCUAAAUCAAACACACUCCUCAGUAUGUUCAGGGUGAAAGAGUACGGAAUGAUUGAAGCCAGAGAGAUAUAUUUACUGUCAGCAUCUGGUGCCUCUGACAGCUGGAAAUGUUUUAGUCCUUAUAACAAAACCAACAUGACACCAUUUUUGUAGUUCUCAAACACACCUUUUUAACAUGAUAAACACUGAUUCUUGUGUAAAUAUGGUCUUCAGAGAUCAACUGAGCUUUUACACUUUAUUUAAAGUAUUCAUGAAAUCCUUAAUAACCUGAAUCUUUCUUGGUAAGAAAAGGUAUUUGUUGGAGAGACUACUGUUUGCUGAAAAUAAUCAGCAUCAGCGGUAAAGACUUUUUUUUUCCUCAAAUAUUUUAUACUGAAAUUGUAGAGUGGAAAAGGUUUGUAGCCGCUGCUUGAAGCUCAUAUUACACUGUAAUUUAAUGGAUGCACUUCACUUUUUGGAUGUAGUUCUGUCGUUUAUCUAAAAUAUGCGACUUUUGUCGUGUACAACAUGAAUGUGCCAUCUCAGCCAGAACAGAUGCAUGUAGGAGGCUGAGGGUUAAAGUGGACCCGUUGUGUACAUUUUCCACUUUGUUUUUUUUAUGGAGCUCCAGUGGAAAGGUUUUGCUUUAUUCAAAACUAAAUAAUUUACUUAUCGAUCUUGUACCUUUUCUUUAUGCAGCACCUCAGUUCACUCUGUCUGAAACGAGCCGAGUCAAGUCCUGUCUCUUUAAGAGCCCCUCCCUUACAGCCCACUGCCUUCUGAUUGGUCAGUUUCUGAUAGCCUGCUGAGGGUCAUGUUUUUGUUAGUUUUAUUCUCCAGAUAAAAGUAGACAGUGGUUUUGGGAUUUUUCUUUUAAACAUAUUCAUCUUAUUAAUUUAAUUUUCUCACGCAUUUAUUAUUAACUUGAGCCACAUUAUAAAUGACUAAAAACAAGCAUAAACACAAUAGGUCCUCUCUAACUCUGCUAGUUCUGCUAGUUAAGUGCAGGUAGGUAAUUUUUUUCCCCUCCUUUUUCUAGAUUCAUUACAAAGAAAAACCCAACGAGCCAUCGGCUCUUUCCUGCACAUUUAUUGUGUAUUAAUGGUUGUGAAUGUGACAUACUAUGUGAAAGCUAAUGUUCUUGUUGUUUGAUGGAUGUCAAGCAUUUCAUGUUGAUGAAAUUAACCCCAAAACAAUUUAUUACAACAUUAAGGAAAAUCACCUAUUGAGGCUCAUGCUAAACCACUGACUUAUGGGCUGGACACACAGGAGGCGACGUCGCUCCAUCUCCAUUCAUUUCCUAUGGAAUUUGCAAGCUAUUACAAUAGGGUUAGCCUCUGGGAACUCCACAUGACAUCUUUGUUUCUGCCCCAAAAAUAGUUUUUUCAGUAUUUCCCCGUAUUUACCAACAGCAGUGCCUAAACCUUCACAGUCCAGGUUGCAUGUGAACAUUGAUACAGUUAUUUUAUUGAUGCCGCCUGCAGGCAAGAAUUCAACUCAGUAUGAGUAAAGAAGGAUGUUUCUAGCAAUAAAUUAAAAUAGUUUAAAGAAGGUACCACUUCAAAGAAAAGCAAAGAAAUACAAAUUUGUCCAUGGAAAUUAGUGAUCUGAAAUGCUUUUCAAACACUCCUGCAGAUUUCAGGGUAAACAGCUGAUCUAUUGCACUGCCUGCAAGCUGCAGCUGAUACUGAGGUUUACAAGGUUUCCAGCUUUAGCAUCUCGAACCUGCUUUUUUAAUGAUUAUUUAUUCCUUUAUUCCACUGCAGCUGUUUCUAGUUUACUUGAGAUUUCAUCUAAAUUUAUUACAAAAGGAAAUAAAAGGAUUAUUAAUGUAUUACUGAUUUUUUUAGCAGGUAGAAUAGCAUGCUAUAUGUUUUAAAUUUUGUAAAUGAAAGUGUUUAUUCUUUUGUGCAGAGAUCUGAAAGGCUGUACUGGUGCACAUUGAGCCAGUGUAAUGACACACUGGUUUGUAAACAUGCAUGCUUGCUGCUUUUUUUAAUGUUUAUGCAACAUUUUAAUGGUGUAAUAAUUUGUUUUGUGCACAGAUUUAAAUUUACUUGUAUGAAUGUAUAAAAUGUGCCUUGAUGUGCCUUCAACAUGACACUCAUUUCUCACUAAGCUUCUCUAGUUCAACACAUUGUUCGAAAUGUAAACAUAAUGUAUGUUUAUAACAUUUAUUACAUAAAGAAAUAUGUUUAAA